CAGGGAUGCCGAGGGAUCCAAGGCCACCGUCCCAGGCCUCGGCGGGCCGGGCGGGAAGAUGGCAGCGGGGUCCUGGGACCUGACCCCCCGGACAGUCACAGAUGCCCAAGGUGCAGAGGACCCUAUGAAGAUUGUCCUCAAAUGCUUCAGAGAACGCAAAGUACUUAUCUCCUAUGCAAUAAAGAAGUCAUUUCCUUUCCUCGAGGCUCUCCGUGACCGUGAGCUGAUCACCAACAAAAUGUAUGAAGAUUGUCAAGAGUCUUUUAAAAGCCUAAUACCUGUAAGUCAAGUGAUAUACAAAGUUCUCAAUGAACUGGAGAAGAAAUUUGACAUGGAAGUUCUGGAAGCAUUAUUCAGUGAAAUCAACAGGAUGGAAUACCCUGAUUUAAUGAAUGUUUACAAAGACUUCCAAAAUGUGAUCCAGGAAAAACUGUGUCUCCAAGACAGUGAUGGAGAAGAGAGAGAGGAGAGGCCCAACACCCAGCUAUGGCUUGAGGAAGGAACUGGAGGAAACUCCGUCUCCCGGGGCCUCACCUGGCCACACUCUGAGCCUUCGUCUCCUGGUGGUCAGUUCCUCUGGGCUCGAGCAUGAUCCUUUGCUGGCUUAUCCCAUCCUGCUAUGUGCUGUGGGUUGCUGAUUGCUGGGGACUUUCAGUCUUUGCUUCUGCUGCUUUUGUGAGCUCAGGGGUCAGAUAGCAGAGCCCCAGUCCUCUGGGCCACCUAG